UGUGGCUAUUUUCGCUCCGUGCGCUGAGAUGCCUGAUAUAUGAGAUCCUUCGCUCCUGAUCCAGAUCCAGAUCCUGAUCCGGAUACCGUCGCACACGGCAGGGCCUCUGCGAAUUUCCACGGAAACACAAGGCACUGGGAAAACGAAAUACGUGGACCGGCCCAGCCUGAGGUGCAGUCACUCUGAAAGCAGGACGUGCGCAGGAGAGAGAGAAUCAGCGUGAAACUUUAGGACCCAGUCCCUGAAGAACAAACCGCCGGGAGAACCCCAGAGACCACCUACCUCUCAGAUCCACCGCCCAGCCCAGCCCAGCCCAGCCCAGCCCAGCCCGCCCGUCGCCAUGGAGACGCCGUCGCAGAAGCGUAGCGCCCGCAGUGGCCACACGCCUCUCUCCCCCACGCGCAUCACCCGCCUGCAGGAGAAGGAGGACCUGGUCAACCUCAACGACCGCCUGGCCGUCUACAUCGACAAGGUGCGCUCGCUGGAGUCGGAGAACGCCGGGCUGCGUCUGCGCAUCAGCGAGUCGGAGAGCGAGGUCGGCCGCGAGCUCUCCGGCUUCAAGGCCGCGUACGAGACCGAGCUCGCCGACGCCCGCAAGACGCUGGACUCCGUGGCCAAGGAGCGCGCUCGCCUGCAGCUGGAGCUCAGCAAGGUGCGCGAGGAGUACAAGGAGCUGAAGGCCAGGAACGGUAAGAAGGAGUCGGAUCUGACGGCCGCCCUGGCUCGGCUGAAGGACCUGGAGGCCCUGCUCAACUCCAAGGACGCCUCGCUGGCCACCGCCCUCAGCGAGAAGCGCAGCCUGGAGGUCGAGGUUCGCGACCUCAAGGCCCAGCUGGCCAAGCUGGACGGCGCUCUGGCCGACAUUAAGAAGCAGCUGCAGGAGGAGAUGCUCAGGCGCGUGGACGCGGAGAACCGCAUCCAGACCCUGAAGGAGGAGCUGGAGUUCCAGAAGAACAUCUACGCCGAGGAGUUGCGUGAGACGAAGCGUCGCCACGUGACGAGCAUAGUGGAGGUGGACAACGGGCAGCGGGUGGACUACGAGAGCAAGCUGGCCGCGGCGCUGAUGGAUAUGCGCGCGCAGCACGAGGAGCAGCUCCGCAUCUACAAGGACGAGAUGGAGAAGACCUUCACCUCCAAGCUGGAGAACGCGCGCCAGUCGGCCGACAGGAACAGCCACCUGGUGGGGGCGGCCCACGAGGAGCUGCAGCAGACCCGGGUUCGGCUGGAGGGCAUGUCGGCCCAGCUCAGCCAGCUGCAGAAGCAGCUGGCCGCGCGCGACGCUAAGAUCCGGGACCUGGAGGAGGCCAUGUCGCGGGAGCGGGACGUGUCGCGCAGGAUGAUGGAGGAGAAGGACCGCGAGAUGAGCGAGAUGCGCCAGCGCAUGCAGAGGCAGCUGGACGAGUACCAGGAGCUGCUGGACAUCAAACUGGCCCUGGACAUGGAGAUCUGCGCCUACCGCAAACUGCUGGAGGGAGAGGAGGAGAGACUGCGGCUGUCCCCCAGCCCCCCCCCCACGCGGGUGGCGGUGUGCCGCACCUCAGGCUCCGGCUCAGGCCACGGCCACGCCCACGCGCGCGUGGUCACCAACUCCAGCGGCCACAGCCACGCCUCCUCCUCCUCCAAGAAGCGCCGGCUGAACGACAAUGACAGCGAGGCCUCCAGCACAGCGGGGGGCGCUGUGGCGCGCACCCGCAUCACCCAGCAGGCCUCGGCCAGCGGCCGCAUCACCGUGGACGAGGUGGACCUGGACGGGAAGUACGUCCGGCUCAGCAACAAGGCCGACCAGGACCAGCUGAUGGGGAGCUGGCAGCUGAAGAGGCAGGUGGGGAGCCAGGCCCCCAUCAUCUUCAAGUUCCCCCCGAAAUUCACCCUGAAGGCCGGGCAGACCGUCACGGUUUGGGCAGCUGGGGCGGCCGGAGGCUCCCAUAACCCCCCCUCUGACCUGCAGUGGAAGGGGCAGAACUCCUGGGGCAGUGGAGACAUGUUCCAGACCACCCUGAUCAGCUCCAGUGGAGAUGAAAUGGCGAUGAGGAAGGUUACGCGCAUACUGUUCCAGGAUGAUGACGAUGAUGAUGACAUGGGGGGUCACAGUGCGUGCGGUGACAGUGAGUAUAACCUGCGCAGCCGCACCGUGGUGUGCGGCUCCUGUGGCCAGUCCUCGGAAAAGCCCGGAAGCGGCGUGGUGACCGCCACGUCCCGCUCGUUCCGAAGCUCCGGCGGCGGGCUGCCCGAGGGCCUCAUCUCGCACUCCUACGUGGUGGGGAACGGCGCCCGCCGACAGGCCGGUCCCAGGGCAGAAUCCUGCUCCAUUAUGUGAGCCCUGAGAUGAGGGGGCAAAAUCCCCCCUUCCUGGGGGGCCCAAGAACAGGAAGUCUGUACGACAAAGGAGGGUCGCAACUUCCUGUUUACAUAUGUUUGAUAAUCAGCUCUUACUUUGUACAACUUAUUACACAAGCACACACAUAUAAUAGCUAUAGAUACGUAGAGGGUAGGUUUGCUUAUAUGUGCAUGGUAGUACUUUGAUUUAGUUCAGCUAACCUCAGAGAUGGUUUCUGUAAUGUAAAGCAUUGCAUUGUGGGAGAGAGAGGUAGUGGGCUGGGCGCUGAUGCUCCCAAUCCCCGGUUUGAGGCACCACAAAUUUUUCUAUUCCCUUUAACCUGGCUGUCACCACUGAACACGCACACAGUUCGUAUAAAAUAAAUAAAUAAAUAAAUAAAUAAAUAAAUAAAUAAAUAAAUAAAUAAAUAAAAAAAACUGAGAGGAGACCCCCCCCCUCCCCCCGAGCCCGUAUCUGUCCCCUUUCAAGUCCGACCCUCGAUGUUAGCGGGGGGUCCCACGUGGGGUUUGGUUGGGGCGUCAGUUGGGGUGUCAGUGAGCUGGUUAAAUGCGUGAGCCUUCAUUGAACAGCCUCGCAAAGUUGGAACAAUUUUUCUUUUAGUGCUCAUUUUGUCCACCUAAAAACCCUCCUUGGAGUGUAGUUAGAAUCAUAGGAGAUAUUAAUUUUCCAGAACGCAGCAACCGUUUUCCUCUUUGGAAUUAGAGAUCUAAAAAAGCACGUCUGCGAUCCCAGCUGGAAUUAUUCCUCGGCGACCUCGGAAACAGCUGCGCUGGGAAAAAUAGCCAUCAAAGGGAGAGAGAUUCUCAAGAUCUCGUUAAUUUUUAAAGAGAGCAGCCAUUUUGUGUCUGUGUAAAAAUGAUUGCUUUUGCCCCUUGUCCUUUUUUGGUUGUUAGCACCAAAGCUAGCUUUGCGAAAGUGAACCAACAGCAUUUUCAGCAUGUCUUGAUCUUCGUCUGUCAUCUUUGGACACCAUUUAACCAUCAGCGAGUGGUUACUGUGGAACAGUGUGACAUCUUACUGAUUCUAUAAAAAAGUAAAGCUCUGAAAUGUAGAUUCAUAUUCUAUGAGUUCAGUUUAGAAAUCUCAACAAAAUUGGGCUAAUUAAAUCUAUGUGGUUCUCUGUAGGCCUUGGUAUGUAAUCAUGCAACCGAUCUAUGCAACAUGAAGUGUGGGUUGCGGUCAUACAGUCAGGGACUGAUUGAUUGCGGAGGGCUUGGUUAAUGUAUUCUGAAAGACGUUUACGGGGAAGUUCUUUUGGGGGGUUGGGGGGGGGGGAGAUUUUGUUUAAUGAUUGAUUUGUGGGGAUUUAAUUUGAAUGAUGGGUUAAGUGGGAGUCGUGAUUGGUCAUCUGAAGUACUCAGUUCAGUUAGCUGCUCUUUUGGACGGGUUGCAUUUGCUGAAGUAGACACUAACCCCUAUAGCUUGAACAAUCACAUUUUCUAACAUUUUUUUUCCACCUUUUUAUAACUAUGUACAGCUCAUACCAAAGUGUCUUAAAUUGAGAUUUUCUCCCGACAACUACUUAUUUCGCAUUUUCAGUCGGGUGAUAUUUUCUUUGUAGGAGUUAGGAUUUUUGACUAGGGCUCGCAGUAAAUGUAAUUGUUAAAAGAUUAUAUUUUCAAAAGCAGCCAUAUAUACUUUAGAAGCAAGUAAGUUUAGUUUUGGAAAAAAAAUGGCAGCUAUGCAAAUAUUUUACAAGUGUUUGAGAUGGGUGGCCAGUGUCUGAAUAUAACAACACGUAUACAUUUACAACAAUGUUUUAUGUCACACACUGGCAGAGAUCAAAGUGUAAUUCGAUUUCGAUAAUGAAUUGGAUUCAUUCGAUUACAUUUCCCAUCUCGGAAUUCAGCAUUAUGUAAUGAGUGACUAUAUCCUGCUUUGACUUUGAGACUUUAUUGUAUUUACAGUUGAUAAAUAUUACUCCAAAGCGCAUUUGUUUAUGCCAGUUAACCUGGCAUACAGUGGGUAUUCCGCUGUAGCUGUCAAUAAGCCACAGAUUCAACUACAUCCACCGCCUUUGCUAUGUCAGUCAGGUUUAAUAAAGGCCUUAUCUUUAUAGUAAUCCGACACUAUCCAUUACAACGGACAUUUUGAAACAAAACAAAAAAAGGUUGGGCAUAUUCAUUUUUACGACAACAGCAAUAUAUUUUUUAAAGUAAGCAUUCCAGUAUACUUUGAAAUGCAGAAAUGUACUGUAUUUCGCUUGUAUCGUAGGCUACUGAAUGACAUGUCUUCUUGCUUCGAGUGCCUUAAUGCUAUCAUACCUGCACGCCUUAUCAAAGACAUUCAUUAGCUGAACUACAAACAAUUCAAUAAAUGGCAUAGCAUGCUUUUUACACCGUUACCGUAUCAUAAUCAUGUCUCCCUGUUUUGGCUGCAAAGAUUUCUAUAGAACUAUAUUUUUGUAAAAAUGAUAAAGGGAAACCAAUGUCUGUGUGUGUUUUGACGGGUGCUGUUAAUUGAUAUUUUCUGAUGUAAAACACUAAAGCCUCAAAUGGGUCAGCUUAAUUACUUUUGUACCUGAAUAAAAAUAAUUUGUAUUGGCUCAUUGUUUUCUGCUAAGAACUAAUAGCUGGAGUAAUACUUUUUUUUAUAACUGUAAUGUUUUUUUCUAAAUAAACUUUCACCCCCACAA